AUGGGCGCGCAACAGUCUGUACCAGGAGCUCAAAGUGAAAACUCAACCAUAAAUUCCCCCAAAACCUGCUACUAUGAACUUAUAGGGGUCGAUACAGACGCCACAGAUGCCGAAAUUAAAAAGGCAUAUCGAAGGAAGGCCCUUGAGCUUCACCCUGACCGGAACCUAAAUGAUGUCGAAGAUGCCACAAGAAGGUUUGCGGAGAUCCAAGCAGCAUACGAAGUUCUAUCCGAUCCCCAGGAACGGGCUUGGUAUGACUCACAUCGAGAUUCUAUCCUUGCCGGGAACAACUUUGCGGGAGACUGUCCCGAACCCGGCGUAUUUCGCAAUGUCCGUCUAACAACAACGGAAGAAAUACUUACCUUGAUACGUCGGUUCGAUGCCACAAUUCCCCUCAAUGAUCAGCCCACUGGCUUUUUUGGUGUCGCCAGGGAAACCUUUGAACAUCUAGCUCUCGAGGAGGCAACUGCUGCCGAAAUUGGACAGAUAGACCAUGCUUGUUACCCAACCUUCGGGUCAUCAGACGAUGAAUACGAGACAGUAGUGAAGCAUUUUUAUGCUUCAUGGUCGGGAUUUUCCACCAAGAAGUCAUUCUCGUGGAAAGAUAAACAUCGCCUGUCUGAUGCUCCCGACCGACGUACACGUCGUCUGAUGGAAAAGGAGAACAAAAAAUCUCGAGAUGACGCUAUCCGUGAGUUCAAUGAUGCUGUUCGAUUCUUGGUAACCUUUGUCCGAAAACGUGACCCCAGGUACCUUCAAAAUUCCCAGACGAACGCCGAGCGACAAAGGCACCUGCGUGAUUCAGCUGCAGCACAAGCUGCUAGGUCGCGUGCUGCUAAUCGACAGAAGUUCGAGUCAUAUGUUGCCCCGGAGUGGUCGCUGCAACAAGAACAGGUUUUGGAUGACUAUUUCUCUGACAUUGAAGAGGAUUCCGAGGUAGAGAUUCUGGAAUGCGUCGUCUGCAGUAAAUCGUUCAAAAGUGCUCAACAACUUGAGGCUCAUGAGCGCAGCAGAAAGCAUGUGAAAGCUGUCCAUUACUUGGGCAAACAAAUGAAGAAAGAAGACAUUGCUCUCGAAUUAGACCCAACUAUGGUCCAAGAGACGGUCCAAGAGACAACCCGAAACCGGUCUGUGGCUGUUCCGCAGACAACGCAAUCAGUUUCCCGACCUAUGACUGAAGCUAGUCCUCCUGAGAUAGGGCCAGCCAUGUGCCGGCCUGCAGAUGGACUACCAUAUCAGCGAGGUCAUAUUGGAGUAUUGGAUUCACUGGGUGAUCAGGAGGCCGAUGAAUAUGCCCCAAGGGAUGUGGUAGAGGGCCGCGUUUGCCCCUCGGGCCCUGAAGGCUGCGCCGUCGACAACGUACAACGUAUCGCCGAACACCACCUGACAGCAUCGAUUCAUAGUAUCAGUCUCGAUGAAACAUUGGUUUCUACUCAGGAUAAGACUGGAAAGGCUAAAGCAAAACGACAAAAGAAAAUGGCGCGACACUUGCAAGAGGCCAAGGCUCAGACCUAA